GUUUUUUAGGCAUUAUUUUAUUAUGCUUUUGUGUGGCUUAUAAAACCCCAUUAUAUUACGCUAGUAUCUCUGUUUUUACAGUGCUAUAAUUAAGUAUUAGCAAAAAGUAUAAGUUCCAAACAAGUCAAGUAUAUUCAUCAAUUACUACAUUCGUUUAAGAUGAACUCCCUACUGAUUUUAACUGCCCUGUUGCUUUUUGUUACUGGAGGAAAUGCCAUUCAGUGCUACAACUGCACAUAUCAUGAUUUCCAACCUUCCACCAGUUCGUGUGCUCCAAAUCAAGUAUCUGCUAACCACCUGAUAACUUGCCCACCGGACAAGCCAGUGUGCUCUGCUGUAUCGGCCCGAGGAACUGUUUUAGGUCGACAAAUCUACACGGUCGUGAGAGGGUGUUCACCAAGGAUUGCUGAAAUAUGUUUGGUCAUUCUUGGAUUAAACACAUGUACAUCUGAAUGCUCAACAGAUGGUUGCAACACCGGAAGUGACGCUUUUGUUGUGAAGCCGCCUGUCACAGUUGUCAUGGUAGCUGCAUCCCUGCUUGCUUACCUAUUUUCCAGCAAAAUCACGAAUUAAAAGUGAUGAAUUGGCGCAGUACUACUCAAAACUCCCAUACCGUUUUGGUUUCGGUACGCAUGUAAUGCAUGCUUGUACGUGUGCAAUUAAAAUAAAUCUUUUCUGUGAAAUUGGCAGAAAUUAUGUAGCAUAUAGUGUUAAAACAUUUGAGUAGUACUGAAUCAUAUUUACCGUAUAAAGCUACGUAUAAAAAGCUUAUUGAACGGUUAACACAUGGUGUGUAUAUAAACGUAAUAAAAUAACGGUUGCAUCCUUUAAAAAAAUGAAAUAUAUAGUGUUACUUUGGAUUUUUCAAUUCUUCAUGUAAUCUUCUAUAAAAUGAAAUCAUUUUCUCACCAACUUUAAUCUUAAAAAUAAAUAAACCCAUUUCGUUCAUUUUA